GAAAAUGCAACGGCAGUUACUGAGUUCAUCCUAGAGGGUUUUUCAGGGCUUGAUCAAAGACUACAGCUAUUUCUCUCGCUGGUCCUUCUGCUCAUAUACCUGACAACAGUGAUGGGGAACGCAACCAUCAUUUUCCUUGUAUGUGUGGAUCACCACCUGCAAACCCCCAUGUACUUUUUCAUCAGCAAUAUGUCCUUCCUGGAAAUCUGGUUUACAUCCUCCACAAGCACCAAAUUGCUUGUGAUCCUGGGUUCUGGUAGGAGAACAAUCUCACUGCGCAGCUGCUUUGCCCAAUCCUAUUUCUGUUUUGCCCUGGGCAGUACAGAGUUUGUUCUACUUGUUGUCAUGUCCUUUGACCGCUACGUUGCCAUCUGCCUGCCUUUGCCUUAUACUGCCAUCAUGAAGCCUCAGCUCUGCAUCCACCUGGUUGUUGCUGCUUGGGUCAUGGGCACCACACUCUUGAGUUACCGCCUGGUCCUCCUCUACAAGCUGACUUUCUGGGGCUCGAACAAGAUCCACCUUUUCUUUUGCGACAGCUCCCCCUUGUUCAAAUUGUCCUGCUCUGACACCAGCCUGCUUUGGAAAAUGGACUCUAUUUUAUUAUCAUUUGUUAUGCUGGGUUCCUUCUGUUUAACUCUGGCAUUUUACACAGACGUCCUUUUCUGUAUUCCACACCUUCCAGCAGCCUCUGGGAGGAAAAAAGAUUUCACUACAUGUUCUUCCCAUCUCACCACCUUGGCCAUUGCCUAUGGGAGCUGCAUUGCUCUCUAUGUGCAUCCUUCAGAACACGUUUCCUUGGAGGCAAACAGAAUAGUAGCUUUGAUAAACACUGUCCUCUACCCAUUCUUAAAUCCUUUCAUCUACAAUCUUAGAAACAAGACCAUGAUACUGGCCCUGAAUGAAGCCAUUGCCCAUGCAACAAUAAAGCUUUUUGACUUAUCACAAUGCAUUUCUGGACAGCAAUUCCCAUGA